AUGCAGAACAAAACGCCAUCUUCUGAAGUUAUGGAUGGUGGUUUGGGUUUAAGAAAAGGUGCAUGGACCGAAGAAGAAGAUAUUCUUCUAAGGAAGUGCAUUGAGAGGUAUGGAGAAGGGAUGUGGUGUAAGGUUCCUCUUAGAGCUGGUAUCAAGAGAGGGGAGUUCACUAUAGAUGAAGUUGAUCUCAUUAUAAGGCAGCUUUAUAAACUCUUAGGGAACAGAUGGUCGUUAAUUGCCGGCAGACUUCCCGGAAGAACGGCAAACGAUGUAAAGAAUUAUUGCAACACGCGGUUGGGCAAGAAUAAUCUUGCCCCCAAAAAGGAAGAGAAAGCGAACACCACAGUUGAGAAGAUCAAAGCUAUCAGGCCUCUGCCCCGUAACUUCUCAAAAAGCUCUCGAUGGUUCAGACCAUUGGCUGAUCCUACCAGCUGUGAGGGCGCUACGAGCCAAUCAGCCAACAAAACCAUCUCUAAUAAUUCUACCACUGUGGGCACUAACAAUCAAUCAAGAGAAAUACCUAACGAGGCAUCUCCCGAUCUUCCACCGCCUGCAGACGAUCUCAUGCAAUGGUGGAAGAGUGUGUUAGACGAAACUGAUGAGAUGGAGAUGGAGACAUCCUGCCCCAUUAUCAGUGGACUUGCGGUUGAAGAGCAACCAGCAACGACAGAGGGUGGGAACACUAACGUGGAAGCAGGAAACACGACUGAUGGUCAUGAGUGGGAUGAUUUGUCUUUUAGUGAAAACAUUUGGGACCUAUUAGCUUCAGAAGUGGAUAUUAUUUGA